GUUGUAUUGUUUACGCAGCUCUAAUUGUUGCACUCAAAAUUAAGUUCAAGAAAAAUGGAGACCGAGUCUGAUCAUGGCUCCCGGCCCGACGAAGCUGGCGAUGAGUUUGGUCCUGCUCAGGAAGCGAUGCUCGAAGGGCGGAAGUCGCAGGUGGCGUCGAUGGGGCGGCGCAAGUCGUCGUUGAGCAGCCGCCGACGCUCGAUGGCCGCCGAGGAGAUGCGCUUGGAGGAGGAAGAAGUGAGUCGGCAGAUGAAGGGCAUCAACAUGAUGGAGGACUCGUUCAAGAACAAGUGGGUCAAGGCGCUGGAGACGCACAAGGAGGACUUCAGGGUGCGGAUGGAGAAGGAGAGGCUGGAGCGGGAGGAGAUGGAGAGGAACAAGUCGCUGGUGCAGGAGGUGCGGGCGCACCGCGACCAGAAGAAGGUGAUGAGCGUGCAGGCAAACAUAGAGGAGAAGAAGGGCCAGGUGGAGGAGUUCAAGAAGCGCAGGGUCACCAUCGUCGAGAAGGCGAAGAAGGAGGAGAUGAUCGAGUGCUUGAACAAGAGGAAGUGGAUCAUCAUGAUGCGCGCAUUGAGGAACCUGCAGAAGACCAAGAAGCAGGAGCUGGAAGAGGAGAGGAAGCGCGAGUUCAGCAUGCAAAUGGAGAGACACAACUCCAUCAAAGAAAGGAUGGACCAGCGGAGGGAGGAGCAACGCAAGUCGCAGGUCGAGUGGGUGCAAAAGCUGUCGACCAUCAAGGAGCAAAAAAAGGUGGAAAAGAAGCGUCGCAAGAAGCGGCAGCAUCCACCGACUGAGUCUGAGAACCGCUUCAAGCGGAUGCAGCGCGAGGCGAAGAUGCGUGCCAGACGCGAGGAGAUGCGCAAGAAGAAGCUGGAGCAGGAGCUACUCGCGGAGAAGCGCAAACGCUACGUCCGGGAGCUGGCGCGCAGGGCCGAGGUGGACGCGCGCCUCGACUACCUGCGCAAAAGCCAGGAGCUGAACGACUUCAGGCAGGCGGUCGCCAUGGACAGGGUGAGGCGCGAGUUCGAGGCCAAGGUGGCGGUCCAGAAGGCUGAAAAGCAGUUCUCAGAGAAGAUGGUCACGAUGCUCAAGGAGAACGACAAGUACAUGAAAAAAUUGAGGGAAAAAGCUGCAAGGGAAAAGAAAAAGAAGGCAAGCGAGCUGAAGGUGCAGCUAGAAGCGACCAGGCGGCUGGAGGUGGCCGAGAGGGUCGAGCAGCACCAAAAACUGGUGCACCGCCUGGCGGAGGAAAAAGGUCGGCAGCUGGCCGACGAGGAAGUCAAGUUCCUGAAGGAACAGGAGGAGCAGAAGGAGUACAACAGGUGGGUGUCCGAGCAGCACCACCGCAAGGCGCAGAUCCUUCGCAAGCAGGCGCGCAUCAGGGAGUGUCUGCGGCGGCAGGCGGCCAGGGAGCAGCAGCAGCUGAAGAAGAUGAAGGAGCUGGACCGCCGGGCGACCACCCUGAAGAACAUCGAGUUCCUCACUGUGAACAAGAAGGAGCCGCUGAGCGAGACCGUGAGCACCGAGGCGGGCGAGGAGGUGCGGCGCCAGGUCAUCCGCCUUCAGAGGCAGCACCACCGGCUGCUCAGGCAGCAGGCCCUGCAGAGGAAGGCGGAACAGGGUGCCGAAGUGAGGAAGGAGUUGGCCAAGGAAAGGGACAAGUACUCAGAGGAGAGGGGGGCAGAGUUGCAGGAGAAGAAGGAGCGCAAGGCGCUGGUCACACGCCCGGCGCAGAAAAUAGCUUGGCGCUGAACUCACAUGUUAUU